UAAAAUAGAAUAAAAGGUAAAAAUUCUCAUUUAAUCUACAUAUGAGUUUGCAAUUCGUUUAUUCUGCAAUAACAAUAGUGACAAAGUACAAACGAAAAUUAACAUUUUUUAAAAAGGUAUCGAAUGACUUCGUAAUGUUCAACGGAUACAACCUAAAUAAAAUAAUUGACAUUAAAUUAAUGAUAAUUCGUGGACUUAAUGCAUGGUUAUCAGGUGCUCAGCUGACGUUAACCAUAAUAUGCAACACAAGGCACAUCACCAGCAAAUAAAAAAGAUGCACAACACGCAUGCGCGAGUACGGCGCAUCCUUUUUGAACAAAGUUAGAUUUCGCUCAAAUCGGGACGUUAAUGCGUCACAACAUACCGAAAAAAACAAAAACGAGAGAAUUUCGGACUUCUCUGUAUAUGCGUCCGGGGUAUAGGUCGCUCGUGUGGACGUCGGUAUUAGCUUGAAUCUCAGAGCCUCCCAUUGACUCACCAGCAACAACAAAAAAUACGAGUACAUUUGGAAAAUUCUUAAAGACGGAAGUGAGCACUCCUGUUUUCCGACCACACGACUGAACGUUGCGCAUGCAUGUCAGUUUUUGAAUGUUUAUCCGCGUGUGUCUUAUACGCCCACGCGUUAUUCCCAACGGUAGAUAAGAGCCUGCAUUCGCCUCGGACUCGACCCCGCCGCGGUAUGUCAGCAGCGGCAGCAGAAGCGCCGGAGGACCGGAGCAGCGGUGCGCAGCGCGCGCUAACAGGUGACGGAGAACCGGAGGAGGCCGAGGAGUUCACCUGCUCGACCCACUGCUCGGAGCUCUCCCGCAGGCAGAACGAGCAGAGGAAGUCGGGGCUGUACUGCGACGUCACGUUGGUGUUCCGCUCCGGCGGGGACAGGGUGCAAACCUUAUCCGCCCACCGCUCGGUGUUGUCGGCGGGCUCGGAGUACUUCACGCUGCUGCUGGGCGGACAGUUUUCCGAGUCUCUGUCGGGGCGAGUGGAGCUCAAAGAGUGGAGCUCGGCAACGGGACCCGACCCAGAGACCGUGGAGGGCAUCAUCCAGUUCAUGUACACGGGGCAAAUCCGGGUGACUACUGCCAGUGUGCACGAGGUGCUGGAACUUGCGGACAGGUUCCUGUUGGCGCAGCUGAAGCACUUCUGCGGGGAGUUUCUGAUGGAGAAGUUGAACUUGUCCAACUGUGUCGCCGUGCACAGCCUCGCCCACAUGUACACCUUGGACCUGCUGGCCCAGGGAGCCGCCAAGACCAUUCGGAGAAACUUCCACAAAAUUAUCGGCAACGAGGAGUUCUUCACGCUCCCGUUUCACCUGGUGCGGGACUGGCUGUCCGACUCGGGCAUCACCGUGGACUCUGAACAGGAGCUGUUCGAGGCCGUCGUCAAAUGGGUGCACCAAGACGCAGAGGAGAGGGCGAAGCGGUUCGCGGAGCUGUUCGGACUUUUGCGGCUCUCUCAGAUUUCCGCCACCUACCUGACGCGGGUCGUGCGGAAGGAGCCCCUGGUGGCCAACGACGCCGCGUGUCUGCAGCUGGUGGCCGACGCCCUCGAGGUGCACGCCGUCCACUUUGAGAACGUCAACCCGUCGGCGGAUUUCGAGCUCUGCGCCGCCUACAAUGCGGCGCUCCAGCCUCGCCUGGGCCAGAACAUGGACGUCAUCAUGGUGGUGGGUGGCGUGUCGGAAGGUGGAGAUUAUCUGAGCGAGUGCGUGGGCUACUUUGUCGCCGAGGACCGUUGGGUGAACCUGCCACACAUUCACAACCACCUCGACGGACAUGCCGUCGCCGUCAGCGACAGCCACGUGUACGUGGCGGGCUCCAUGGAGCCCGGCUUCGCCAAGACGGUGGAGCGCUUCAACCCCAACCUCAACUCGUGGGAGCAGGUCAGCAGCUUAAGCACUCGCAAGCACUCCUUCGGCCUCGCGUGCGUCAAGGACCUGCUGUACAGCAUCGGCGGUCACGGCAACUUCAGUCCAGGCUUCAAGGACGUCACCGUCUACGAGCCCGAGCGGGACGAGUGGCGCAAUCUGGAUCCGGCGCCGAAGAUCCUGCGCGACGUCAAGACGGUGAGCGUCGAGGACCGCUACAUCUACGUGAUGGCCAGGACUCCCGUCGACGUGGACAACGAGGACGGGCUGAGCACCGUGACCGCCUGCUACGACACGGAGAGUCACAAGUGGCAGGAGGUGGACUCCUUGCCGCUGAUCGACAACUACUGCAGCUUUCAGAUGGCCGUCGCGUCCACCAACUUCUACCACACCGCCUCCUGCUGCUCCAAGAGCUACAAGGUCACGGCCGAGGUCGCUCGGCAGAAGAUCAGCCGCGACGUCUCCGACGACAUCCUCGACAGCCUCCCGCCGGAGGUCCUGGCCAUGGAGGGCGCCGCCGUCUGCUACCUGGGCGACGACAUCUUCAUCAUCGGCGGCUGGAGGAACUGCAGCAACAUGGACAAGCAGUACCGCAAGGAGGGCUACCGCUACUGCGCCGAGAAGAAGCGCUGGCUGCUGCUGCCCCCCUUGCCGCAGCCGCGGUGCCGAGCCGCAGCCUGCCACGUUCGCAUCCCGUACCGCUGUCUCCACGGCUGCCAGCACUACCCCAUGCCCCAGAACCUGGCGCGGCAGCGAGACCGCAUGCAGCAGAUGCAGCAGCUCCACCGCCGCACGCUCACGCUGCGCAGACAGCUGCAAUCGCAGAUCGAAUGUUGAGAGCUUCCUCGAAUUAGUAGUUGAUCUGCUAAUAAAGUUUUUUUUUUUUUAGCUUAUCUAUAUAUUUUUCUCUUUUUGCCUUUUUUUUAUAUUUGAUUAAAUGCCUGCACGUCCUUUACCUUGGGCUGGUUUGUAAAAAAAAGUAUUAGCCAGACAUGCUUUCAAAUGAUCAGUCUCGCAUUAUAAUUUUUGUCUUACAUUUGUAGUUUAUGUCUUAAUUUUGCUCGUAAAUUAAACUGAUCGCUGUAAAAUGUUCUGGAAAGAUUGUGGAUUUUCAACAAUUUAGCUUAAUUUUUUACUUGUGAUCUAUGUUAACACCUAAUGGUGUCAUCAUACUGUAUGUUGUGAUGCAAGUUCAUUUUACUUAAUAUCAGUGACAUUUGGUCAGGUUCAGUGUUGAGAUAUGAAUUUAGCAAAGAAAAUCAUGUCUGUUUAUUGUGAUGUAUUUCAAAAGAAAAUCAUUCAUGAAGUGGAGUUUAGAUAUAAGAUAGUAAACUUACUGUAACAACAAGCUGAUCUUUAACUUUUUACUCCUCGUUAUAUGCAUGUCAUUUCUCUUCUACCUCCAGUUUCCAUCAUGCUUUUUUGCACAGUGUCUAAAUGUUGAUCGUCUCUGUCGUGUUUAUGUUUUGUGUGUCCCUCUUGAAACAGACAAUCAUGUAUCAGAAGUUUUGUAGCAGGACUUGCAUAUUGAGCAAAGCACAUAUUGGGGAACAGUGUUCAAUGAUUAUUUGCUUCCCAUCUUUUUACCAUCCCAAUGAAUGUUUAUAAAUAUGUAUGAUUUAUUUCAGCUGGUCAGAAAUUGCUUUAUUUGAUUUGCAAGAUGGUCCAUUUUUCACUUGAAAGAUAUAUCGGCAUAGUCAUGAUGAGAUGUGACUUUAGGCUGCUGAAGCUCUAUUUUAGAUUUAGAUUUCAAUUGUCCCAUCUCAUGUUGUUGGGACACUGACUAAUGGCUCCAGUGGCUUUGAGUUAUUUAGUUUGUUGGAUUUAGUGGACUCAUUAGCCAAGCUCGUUAUCAAUACUAUCUAAUUGGGCUUUGUGAGACAGUUUUCCACUGACAUACUAUAAUAUUUUGAACAGUAUUACAUUAUGAAUGGUAACAAUUAGAUCAUUUGUAUGAAGAGGUUUUUAAUUUUUUAGAAUGAGUUUUAAGCCAAAUUGUACACGACCACAGGAGAAGAGCCGAAAUAGACAUAGGCCGAUUGUAUUCUGUGGCGGUAGCAUAUCAAUAUCACAUUUGAGGUUUGGGUUCAUGCUCAGAUUGUUGUCCAAGUUUGAUCAUUGGAGAGCUUGAUAAAAGUAUGAUUUGACAGUGUCAUCUUUACAUUUCACGGUUCCAUACUUUGUUCUAUGUGGUGUCAUUCCAAUUGUAAUGCAAGAGCAAGAAUGUGUACAGACAUUUGCAAUAAAUAACAAAAUAUG